UCCACAGAUGGAUCCAGGAGGAGAAAUCCACCAGAGAGAUGUCCCUGUCCUCUGUAUUCCCAGGACUGUCCAGAGGAGAAGGUCCCAGAGAAUCCUCAGGUAGAUGGAGCUGGGGCCCUAUACACCUCUAUAUAGGGGGGUCAUGCAGUCCUAGAGGGGUCAUAGAUUGUGGGGGUCUCUUAUGUGGAUCUAUUACUGAAUUUUUACAGAUAAAUCAAGAGCUCAUUAUUAUUAAAGUGGAGGAUGAAGAAGAGAAGAUGAUGGGUGAUCCCCCGUGUAGGAGCGAGGUGGAGGAGGACAUUCCAGGAGAUGUCACCACAGAUGGAUACAGGAGGAGAAAUCCGCAAGAGAGAUGUCCCCGUCCUCUGUAUUCCCAGGACUGUCCAGAGGAGAAGGUACCAGAUUAUCCUCAGAUGACAAAUCGUGGGGAAAUUCUGACUGAUAUUAAAAUGGACGAUGAAGAGCGGAUGAUGGGCAAUCCCCCAUGUAAGAGUGAGGUGGAGGAGGACAUUCCAGGAGAUAUCACCACAGAAAAUCCCAGUAAGAAUUCUGAGGGAAACUUCAUGUUAUCACUAAAUUAUAAAGCAGAAGAUGAAGAUGUCAUGCAGCACUCUUCAGGAGAAAAGGCACAUCUAGGGCUUCACAGUACAGAUCUAUCAUGUAAUCUCCCUAAUCAUGAGGGACCUUUUCCUGACCAAUCAUGGAUUGUAACAAGUACAGGUCACAAAAAGGGUAAAAGGUUUCACUGCGAUAAAGCGUUCACAAAAAGAUCAAGACUUUCUACACACAGAAGAUGUUACACAGUGAAGAAACCACACUUCUGUUCAGAAUGUGGGAAGUGCUUUACAAGUAAACUAUAUCUUGUUAAACAUAAGAAACUUCAUACAGGAAAGAAACCUCAUACAUGUUCAGAAUGUGGGAAAUGUUUUACACAGAAAUCAAAUCUUGUUUCUCAUGAGAGAAUUCACACAGGAGAGAAGCCAUAUUCAUGUUCAGAAUGUGGGAAAUGUUUCACACAGAAAUCACACCUUGUGAAACAUGAGAGAAUUCACACAGGAGAGAAACCAUAUUCAUGUUCAGAAUGUGGGAAAUGUUUUAAAGAUAAAUCAGUUCUUGUUUGCCAUGAGAGAGUUCACACAGGAGUGAAGCCGUAUCUAUGCUCAGAAUGUGGGAAAUGUUUUAAAGGAAGAACACAUCUUGUUACACAUCUGAGAAUGCACACAGGAGAGAGGCCGUAUUCAUGUUCAGAAUGUGGGAAAUGUUUUGUAAAAAAAUCAAGUCUUGUUAAACAUGAGAAGCUUCACACAGAAGAUAAACCACAUUCACGUUCAGAAUUUGGGAAAUGUUUUAUAGAUGUAUCAAGUCUUGUUAAACAUGAGAGAAUUCACACAGGAGAGAAGCCGUAUUCAUGUUCAGAAUGUGAGAAAUGUUUUACACAGAAAUCACACCUUGUUAGACAUAAAAGAAUUCACAGUAGAGAGAAACCAUAUUCAUGUUCAGAAUUUGGUAAAAGUUUUACAGAUAUAUCAAGUCUUGUUAAAGAUGAGAAACAUCACACAAGUGAGAAGCCAUUUUCAUGUUCAGAAUGUGGGAAAUGUUUUAUACAUCAAUCAUAUCUUGUUAGACAUGAGAGAAUUCACACAGGAGAGAAGCCGUUUUCAUGUUCAGAAUGUGGGAAAUGUUUUACAAAUAAAUCACAUCUUGUUACACAUGAGAGAAUUCACACAGGAGAGAAGCCAUAUUCAUGUUCCAAAUGUGGGAAAUGUUUUACAUAUAAAUCAAGUCUUGUUUCUCAUGAGAGAAGUCACACAGGAGAGAUGCCAUUUUCAUGUUCAGAAUGUGGGAAAUGUUUUCAAGCUAAAUCAAAUCUUGUUGCACAUAAGCGAGUUCACAUGGGAAACAAAUCACAUUUAUGUUCAGAAUGUGGGAAAUUUUUUACAGAGAAAUCAAGUCUUGUUAGACAUGAAAUAAUUCAUAGAGGAGAGAAGCCAUUUUUAUGUUCAGAAUGUGGGAAAAAGGAUCUGUACAAGGAGGCCAUGAUGGAGGAGCACCAGCCUCUUACAUCACAAGAAAAUCCCACUGAGAGUUCUGAAGAAAACUCCACCUUAUCACUAGAGGACAAAGAUAUCACAAAGCACUCUUCAGGAGAAAAUCUCAUUACCCUUAAUGUACAUCCAGGUCUUCACAGUACAGAUCUGUCAUGUAAUCCCCCUAAUCAUGAGGAACCUUCUCCUGACCAAUCACAGAUUGCUACCACAAGUACAGGUCAGAAAGAGGUUAAAGACUUCACAAAAAACUCAGUUCUUUCUACACGAAGAAGAAUUCACAUAGGGGAGAAGCCAUAUUCAUGUCGACAGUGUGGGAAAUAUUUUACACAGAAAUCAAAUCUUGUUAGACAUGAGGGACGUCACACAGGAGAGAAACCAUAUUCAUGUUCAGAAUGUGGAAAAUGUUUUACACACAAAUCAAAUCUUGUUACUCAUAAGAGAAGUCACACAGGAGAGAAACCAUAUUCAUGUUCAGAGUGUGGGAAGCGUUUUACAGAUAAAUCAAAUUUUGUUAGACAUACGAGAAAUCACACAGGAGAGAAGCCGUAUACGUGUUCAGAAUGUGGGAAAUGUUUUAAAGACAGAUCAGGUCUUGUUUGCCAUGAGAGAAUUCACACAGGAGAGAAGCCAUAUUCAUGUUCAAAAUGUGGAAAAUGUUUUACACAGAAAUCAAAUCUUGUUACACAUGAGAGAACUCACACAGGAGAGAAAUCAUAUGCAUGUUUAGAAUGUGGGAAAUGUUUUACAGUUAAAGCAUAUCUUGCUAUACAUGAGAGAAGUCACACAGGAGAGAAGCCAUAUUCAUGUUCAGAAUGUGGGGAAUGUUUUACUACUAAUGCCAGACUUAUGGGACAUCACAUACGUCACACAGGUAAGAAGCCAUAUUCAUGUUCAGAAUGUGGGAAAAGUUUUACUUCAAAAUCAAAUCUCGUUACACAUAAGAGAAUUCACACAGGAGAGAAGCCAUAUUCAUGUUCAGAAUGUGGGAAAUGUUUUAAAGACAAAUCAAGUCUUGUUUACCAUGAGAGAAUUCACACAGGAUUGAAGCCAUAUUCAUGUUCAGAAUGUGGGAUAUGUUUUAUUUCUAUAUCCAGACUUAGGGAUCAUCAGAGAAGUCAUACAGGAAAGAAUCCAUUUUGAUGUUCUAUAUGUAGUAACUUUUUAGAUCAGGGGAGGCCAAAUUCUUGCUUGGAAUGUAGGGCAUGCUUUACAAGCAAAAAAAAUAAUUAUUAACUCCAUUUAUUCAGAAGCAUUAACAGGGUGGAAUUAUCCCAGAUUCUUAUUACUGUAUUCAUCCAUCCAUCCACACUAUGGGAGAAUCCAGUGGGAAACGUGGAAUAGUAACACUCCAUGUAAUAGUUUUAGAAUGUAUGUGGACAUAUUAAUAUUUUAUAUUCAUUCAAACAGUAUUUAAAGUGUUGGGAUCUAUCUGGGGUUGUCAAUAAUAAAAUCUGCUCAGAUUUUAAAAGUCCAACUUGUUUUGAUUGCUGAACCAGUGAAAAACAGGCAUCAAAGUUAUAUGAUAACUUUGAGCAAUUCUCUUAACAGAACAAACAACAUAAAACACUUGCCCCUCUGGGCGCUCACUAUACAGAUAGGUGAACUCAGCUAAGGGUUAGUUCAGAUAAAGCAGCAUGCACUGGUUCAGACCUCCACUGUCAAUGCUGUCAUUUUCAAGCCCUGACUGACUCAAGAAGCAGUGAUCUAUCCUACUAGUGAGCCCAGGUCGCAUUACACGGUCUAGUCUAGACUGGGGAAAACCUUGGCUGAAGUGGCACAGGAAUGGCAGAUCCUUCUACCAUCCUACCUACAAUUCUAUGCAAAACAACCCCUCAGAAUUUUAACACAAAAGAUAAAUCCUUCUAUUUUCUCCACGACAGCGUCACCAUUGUCACUGACUGACAUUGUCUUUUUGGCUCACAUUAUACUUUCUCCUAGCGC